AUGAGGGCCGCGCAGGACAAGCAUCUGCAGGGUAUCAGCGAGGCCGCCUCGUCCACUCUUGUCACGGCAGGAGGGGGGCAAAAGAACGCACGCCAGCGAGGACAGCAAGAUGACGAGCAAGACGGCCGCGCUCCACGAAGGCUCAGCCGAGGCGGCGAGGGCGCAGGCCAGCACGGCGAGACAGGCAACGGUUGCGGCGGUGAGGCAGAAAUGGCAGGCCAUGGACACGAGCAGCGGCCCGAGGGACUUGCCGAAGACGCCGAGGCGGUUGCAUAUGAUGCUCGCUACGUCGAAGACGAAGGCUACGAGGGCCUGGGGCGCGCGCACGGCGGGCUGGUCAGCUCUGGGCUCUCUGCGGUCUCGGCUUCUGCUGCCUGGCCUGGCCUGGUCUGGCCUGGCGGCACGCUACGCACCACGGGGAACGUCAGCAGCAGGACGUGGGUGCAGACGGCGGACGCGGCGCCGGGGCGGCACGCGCGGUCCGUCUUGGUCCACCAGGCGUCGACGCCUACGAUGACGCCGGGGACGAGCACGGAGAUGCGGCGCACGCAGUUGUACGCGCUGACGAGGCGGUUGCGGACGGCGUGA